CGGUAACCCCAAGGCCCCAUCUUUGUCUCUCAGACAUUUCCCCCAAACCCUAAAAAUCAAAAUCACUCCCCCAAUUUCUCCCAAAUUUCGAAACCAAAUGGAGUGCUCCAAACCCAAUCGGGUCCAUUUCGAACAAAGGGAGCCCCCGAACCCGAAUCGGAAGCCCAAACUGUACCCGGAUGUCGUCCAAUCCAACCCGGACGCCCAACCGAACCCGAAACCCGAACCGUCGGCGCCGAGUCUCUACCCCACCCUGGACAUGAACGACCUCGUCGGUGACCUGUUCCCGGAGGAUCCAAGGUAUUAUGAGAUCCCGCCGGAAGAUCAAUUCCACGAUAGCCUUGAGCCGCCAUCGGCGCCGCCGCUCGCGGCUGAAGAGGUGGUUAUUAGGAUUCCCGGCGCGAUUGUUAACCUGAUUGACAAGGAGUACAGCGUCGAGCUCGCCAGCGGCGACUUCACGAUCGUGAAGCUCGUACAAGGCGACGACGUCGUCGCCGUCCUGGCGCGCGUGGAGGACGAGAUCCAGUGGCCGCUGCUGAAGGACGAGGCGGUGGUCAAGCUCGACGAUUCGCACUACUUUUUCUCGCUGUACGCGCCCGAGAAUCCAGAGUCGUCGUCGGCGCCGCCGCCGGAGACCGUCGAGAAUGAGAAGGAGAAGAAGAAGAAGAAAGAGAAGAAGGAGAAGAAGGAGAAGAAGGCAGCUAAGGAUGUGGAUAAUUUCUUGAACUACGGGCUGACGAUCCCGGCGAAAGGGCAGGAGAAAUUGGUGAAGGAAUUGGAGGAGGUUUUGAAGAGCUGCAGCAGUUUUUCUGUGCAGAAGGUUUCGGAGAAGGCGAAGAAGGGGGAGGCGUUGGAUAGCUCCCUGGCGUUGGAUACUGCGCCGGGGGAGCUGAGUUCAGAGAGGAAGAAGGAGAUGAAGGAGCAGAGCGCGGCGUACUGGACCACAUUGGCUCCCAAUGUGGAGGACUACAAUGGGCGUGCUGCUAAGUUGAUUGCGGCCGGGACGGGGCAGCUGAUCAAGGGGAUAUUGUGGUGUGGAGAUGUGACGGUGGAGAGGUUGAAAUGGGGUAAUGAGGUUAUGAAGAAGAGGAUGGAGCCGGGUUCGCAUAAGGAAGUCAGUCCCCAAACUAUGAGGAGAAUCAAAAGGGCCAAGAGAGUAAGCAAAACAACACAGAAAGUAGCGACCUGUGUCCUCUCUGGGGUGUUGAAAGUUUCCGGAUACUUCACAAGUACAGUGAUAAAUUCCAAAGUGGGAAAGAAAUUCUUUCGUCUUUUGCCUGGGGAAAUUUUGCUUGCAGGGCUGGAUGGAUUUUGUAAGGUCUGUGAUGCUGUUGAAGUGGCUGGAAAAAAUGUCAUGUCAACAUCAUCUACUGUUACAACUGAGCUCGUCUCCCACAAGUAUGGUGAAGAAGCAGGGAAGGCAGCAAGUGAAGGUCUUGAUGCAGCAGGACAUGCCAUAGGAACUGCAUGGACUGUUUUCAAGAUCCGAAAGGCAUUGAACCCGAAAAGUGCUUUCAAAUCCUCCACCUUAGCCAAAUCUGCCGCCAAGGCAAAAGCUGAUGAGGUAAGGGCAGCAAAGAAGAAGUAAGUGGUUCUCGGAAUCUUCUCAUGUGCAUAAAACUAAUUAGUCCAAAGUUAUUCUUCAUUGACAUUGUUUGCCCAAGGAAACCCCUUGACGUUGUUGUGGUACUAUAGUAGGUGGAUUGUCAAUAUAUUUUAUAUUUGUAACCAUAUACUAUUCAUCUAUAAUUGAUACAUUGGUUUCCUCCUUCAUAAGCACCAUCAGGACCAUAGCUUGAGCUCCUGUUCUUGUGCCCUUGUGUUGCUUGAGCUUUCUACUAUUUCUUUUGUUUAUAAGAAGCUCCUGCCCUGGUGUUCUGUAUCCAGUCGUAUCCGGAAAAAGGACCAAUAUGAGAUAACGUUUUUAAACCUCUUCAAUUUGUACCAUUCUUCAUUCCUUCCCUAGAAAAAUGUACAAAAUGACUGAAAGAUUGUAUAUAAUGAAUCAUGCCUUGAAUGAAAGUGAAUUUUUUC